UUGUAUCUUUCCAUCUCUUUUCUCACAAAAAGUCCAAAAGAAAGAAUUGACUUCACUUCACCCCUUCGUCUCCCUAAAGUUUCCAACGCUGCUUCUCGAAUCUCUGUUGUCAUCGGCCAUCGCUCAUUCCUCUGCUCUUCUCAGCCUCUCGAGCACAGACCACUGGUAAGUUAAGUAGUUAAUAACUAAUAACUUAUAUUAGCUUGAUUCCUCAGCAAAUCUAAGUUCAACUAUCAAUUUGAUUCCAUCUUCCCACCGCUUACUUCCCUACAGUUAACAGACGCGACUCACGUCUAAUUCGUUGUCGGACUUUGCCAAUCUCCAGUUGAUCAAAUAAGGUUGGAAUUGUGUUUCCGCUAAGAUGGCUUGUCGGAUACACAAACCCUAAAUUGAAAAUUCCUCCAAAUUCAGAGCAAGCUCGGAGAGCAAGAAAGGUAUAAGCCGCAAUUCUGUCCAUUGAUUAAUUAGUUUCAUAUGCCCUGAUUUUAUUCAUUUAUCAAAUUUCUAUUUUGGCUUUUGGAGUUUAUGUGGAGGUUUUUCAUACAGUGAAGUCAAUUCUUUUCGUUUCCUUCUCUUUGGCUUUUCUAUAUGCUUUAUAAUCAUCUUCUGUAUUGUGGGGUUUCAUUUUUCAAUUGGGAUUUUAAUACAAUUUAGGGCUCGUUUGGAGAACGGGAUUUAGGUCGUGGAUUCAUUGAAUCGGUAGAUUCUGUAGAAAGUUAUGUUUUUUUGUUGCUUUUUGUAUUGUGGAUUUUAGCUUUAGAGAUUUCAAAUCUCUAAAAUCUAUGGAUAUCAAAUCUCUCAUAAUCAGAGAGAUUAUGUAUCUUGAUUCUUGAGAUUUUUUUUCCUCCUACCUUUUCUCUUUCUUUUAUUUAUUUAUCAUAUUAAAUAUAUUUACUAACAAAGUUUAUAAUAUUUCUCGAACCACUCAAAUUUUUUAUUAAAGAUAAACACGUUAUUUAAUAUAAAAAUAAUUUUUUUAUUUUCAUUGAAUGUUAACAAUCACAGUUACCAAACAAUAAACAUUUUAAAAUCUAUUUUCAACAAUCCGAAGAGUUAGAAUCUUUAGAUUGUUGAAAAUCUAUAGAUUUAAACUCAUAUUUUCCAAACGACCCCUUAGGGGAUUUGAGUUCUUUAAUCACAGUGGGAUAGUGAUUAGAUUAUUAUUAUAAGCAAGCAUACGAUUCAAUGUUCUUUAUUGGGAACAAGUAUAUGACUAUAAUAACUUUCCAUUAAACAAGUUGAGUUUCUUUGGUUAGAUUAAUUAUUCCCUUUUCUUAAUCCAUCUUUACUGGUUGAAUGUUAUUAGAUGGAGAGAUACUUUCCAUUAUUAAAGAAGUCGAAGAUUACUAUACCAAGUGAUGUUGAAUGUCAUGAAUCUGGUGUAAGUCAGCAACAAGAGACAAUUUCCCAUGCAAGGUCACAGUCACAAGCACAACAACCUUUAUUGGUGAAUCAAACAGUUCAAGUACAACCAAGUAACCCUUCCUUUGGAACUCAACAUGUGGAGUUUGAUGUGAAUGCUUUAAUAGCUGAUCCUGGUUUGAGACCAAAAAUUUCAAGUUAUCAUCCUAAUGCUCAAGAUGAAGUGAGAAGAGCUUACAUUCUGAAAGGUCCUUGCCAACCUAAAGGACAUUCUUUCCCUUAUAAACGUAUUGGUGGGAAGAAAAGAAGAUUUUAUGCUAGUUGGUUUGCUUCUCAUAAGAAAUGGUUAGAAUAUAGCAUUGCAAGAGAUGCAAUAUAUUGUCUACCAUGUUACCUAUUCAAGCACGAGGUACCCAAGAAAGGUGGGGGUGGAUCUUUUAUUGGUGAUGGUUUUUCAUGUUAGAAUAAGAAGUAUAGACUGGAUGUUCAUGUUGGAGCUGUUAAUAGUGUGCAUAAUGAUUCUGUGAGGAAGUAUGAAGCCUUGAUGAAACAGUCUCAAAGCAUUUCAGCUGCUUUAUGUAAACAAUCUGAGCAAAACAAGAGUGAAUAUAGAACUCGUUUGGAGGCGUCAAUUGAUUGCAUCACGUUUCUCAUACGCAAUGGAUUAGCACUUCGUGGGCAUGAUGAAUCGGAGGACUCGGAUAACUGAGGUAACUUUCUUGAGAUUUUGGAAUUCCAUGCUCGUGGUAGAGAAAUAAUACAUAGAGUUGUGUUGGAAAAUGCUCCAAGAAAUCUGCAACUCACUUCUCCAGAUAUUCAAAAGGAUAUUGUUCGUGCAUUAUCUAUUGAAGUAACUAAAGAAAUCCUUAGAGAUCUUGGAGAUGAUUAUUUUGCCAUAUUAGUAGACGAGGCUCGUGAUGUGUCAAUUAAAGAGCAAAUGGCUGUAGUUAUACGUUAUGUUGAUGGAAGUGGAUAUGUUGUAGAGAGGUUUUUAGGCAUUUCUCAUGUGGCAGAUACAAGAGCUUUGACAUUGAAGAAUGGAGUUGAGUCAUUGCUUGUAAAACAUGGGUUGAGUUUAUCAAAGCUAAGGGGGCAGGGUUAUGAUGGGGCUAGUAACAUGAGUGGGCAACUCAAUGGGCUGAAAGCUUUGAUUUUGGAUGAGAAUUCUUCUGCAUAUUAUGUGCAUUGUUUUGCCCAUCAACUUCAAUUAACACUUGUGGCGGUUGCUAAAAAUCAUGGAGAUAUUAGUCUCUUCUUUGGUGCUGUAAGUAGCUUGAUUACUUUGGUUUGUGGAUCUUGCAAACGAUUAGAGUUUGUUCGAAAUGCUCAAUUAGCCAAAGUUGCAAGGGCCUUAUCAUAUGGUGAACUAGAAUCUGGGAGGGGGUUGAAUCAAGAAACAAGCCUGAAGCGACCUUGUGACACUCGUUGGGGAUCUCAUUUUGGGACACUUGUUAAUUUGGAGUUCAUGUAUUCUGCUGUAGUUGCGUCUUUGGAUGAUGUUCAGUGUGAUGGAAAUGGUGAAGCAAAAGGUGAAGCAAUUCGCAUGCUCAAACAGCUUGACACUUUUGAGUUUGCAUUUAUGUUGAAGUUGAUGAUUCAAGUUCUAGGAAUCACCAAUGAGCUAUCUUUAGCAUUGCAGAAAAAAGAUCAAGAUAUUGUUAAUGCAAUGCACCUUGUUGGUGUAGCAAAGCACAGGUUGCAACUUAUGAGGGACGACAAAUGGGAUUCUCUACUUGCUUCAGUGGUUUCAUUUUGUGCUCAAGAAGGUAUUAAUGUUCCUAACAUGAAUGAUCAGUAUGUUCCUCCUGGAAGAUCAAGAAGAAGGGGUCAACAAGUUACAAAUCUACAUUAUUAUCAAGUUGACUUCUUCUACACAGUUAUAGAUAUGCAAUUGCAAGAGCUCAAUAGCCGAUUUAAUGAGGCUAAUUCUCAGUUGCUGUCGUGUAUGGCUUGCUUAAGCCCCUACAAGUCAUUUGCUUUUUUUGAUCUGGAGAAGGUUGUUCAUCUUGCUAGCUUUUAUCCCAACGAAUUCAGUUCCCAAGAGACCAACUCUCUUCGAGUUCAAUUGGAUUCAUUUAUCUCGGAUGUGCAAAAGGAUGAGAGGUUCAAAGGCUUGAAAGGAAUAGAUGAGUUGGCCAUAAAGCUGGUGGAAACAGAUAAGCAUGGCUAUUAUCCUUUAGUUUAUUUGCUUAUCAAGCUGAUACUUAUUUUGCCUGUUGCAACUGCUAGUGUGGAGAGAUCAUUCUCAGCUAUGACCUACAUCAAGAACAAGUUUCGGAAUCGAAUAAGUGAUGAAUGGUUGAAUGAUUGCUUGGUAGGGUAUAUAGAAAAGGAUGUGCUCAAUAGUGUAGACCCUGAAUGUGUUGUACAGUGUUUUCAAAAUAUGAAAUCACGUCGUGGUUCAUUGUGGAAACAAACAAAUGUAUCAUAUUAGUAAAACCUUAAAUUAUGUGUUUCAUUUAUCGAUCUUGUAAUUUUUUUUAGCUUUUCAUCGUUAAUUUUUUUAGGACCCCAAUCUACAUAAAGUCUGGCUACGUCA